AUGGCCAGUCGUCUUGCACAACCAUUGCUUAUUCGCGAAAUUGUUCUUUACAUCCAAGAUCCAACACGAUUACCUACUUAUGCUGCUUAUUUAUGUGCUAUUGCUCUCUGUAUUGCUGCAAUGAUGCAAGCCAUGACUCAUCAACAAAUCAUAUUUCAAUCUACAGGUAUUGGCAUACGAAUUUGCAAUGCAUUAUCAUCUACCAUCUACAAACAUUUAUUGACCAUUAAUACAGUAGCUCUACGCAAGACUACUGCUGCUCAAGCAAUCAAUCUAGUUGCAAAUGACACUAGUAAAUUUGAAGAUUUAUGUAGUUUCGCACAUUCUCUAUUGUUGGGACCUCUAGAUGCUGUUUUAAUGCUUGGUCUCAUUUGGUGGAAUAUUGGUUUACCGACAUUAUUUGACUAUGCAGUACUUAUUCUACUACUACCUAUACAACUCAUUCAAAGUAAAUUAUUCAGUCGAUUUCGAAAGGCUACAAUGACAUAUACAGAUAAGCGUGCUCAAACGAUCAAUGAAAUUGUUAAUGGAUGUCAAAUUAUUAAGAUGUACAAUUGGGAAAAAGCAAUGGAAGAACGAGUAUGUGAAACACGUCGACAUGAACUUUUGCACAUUUAUAAAUCUAGUUACUUGAGAGCUUUGAAUAUUGGUCUUGGCUUCGCAGGAUUAACUUUAAUUUCUCUUGCUACAUUCGGUGGUAGUUGGUUAACUGGUAGAUAUUUGCAACCAGAACAUGUUUUUUCAACAGUAACAUUUUUCUUUCUGGUUCGAAAUUCACUAAUCAUCCUACUACCAUUUGAUAUAGAAAAGUUCAGUGAAGCUCGUGUUUCUGCAAAUAGAAUUGAUCAAUUUAUGCAACUCGAAAUAUUAGUCAAUAAACAAGAAAAAGUACAAGACAAAAAGAAUGAUCAUGCAAUUAUAAUGGAAGGUGCAUCAUUUUCUUGGAAAGAUUCUCUUUGUUUGUCUAAUCUUAAUAUCAAUAUCAAGCACGGCACAUUAGUUGGAAUAAAAGGUACCACUGGUGCUGGAAAGUCAUCGUUGCUAGCUGCUAUUCUCAGCGAAAUCAAUCUUGUCAGUGGAAAACUACAACUCUAUGUUGAUUCUAUUUCGUAUGCUCCACAAUCGGCGUGGAUAUUUACUGACACCAUUCGAGCUAAUAUUCUUGUUGGCAAACCAAUGAAUGAAAAACGUUACAACAAUAUUAUAAAAGCAUGUUGUCUUGAUAUCGAUCUACAGAAUUUUGGUGAAGUUGGUGAUUUAUUGAUGAGUGGUGAUAAAGGUGUUAAUUUGAGUGGAGGACAAAAAGCUCGAAUAUCACUCGCUCGUGCUCUUUAUACUGAUACUGAUUUAUAUUUACUUGACGAUUCACUUGCUGCUGUUAAUCCCAAAGUGGCAAAGAAAAUUUUUGAUGAAUGUAUUGGUCCUCGUAGUUUCCUUUGUGGAAAAACUCGAAUAUUGGUUACACAUCAGACACAUUUCUUGAUUGAAGCAGAUCAAAUGAUUCUCUUGGCAAACGGUCGCAUUGAUGAAUUACAUUUUGAACAAUCUGUUGCAAAUGAGUCAUCGAAUGAUACAACAGAAACAGAUUCAUCUAAUGACAACGAGACCAGUUGGACGCUUAACACUGCUACAACCGACAUAAAUUCGAUUGUAAAGAGUGAGACAUCAGGUGACGGUAGUAUCAAAUGGAACGUUUGGCUAAAGCUUUUCACUUCACCACCGUUACGUUGGUUUGGCUUUUUUCUUAUGAUAUUUGUCAUGUUGGCUGCUGAAGGGCUGUAUGACUUUACAAAUCGCUGGCUUGCACUGUUGUCUAGCAAAUCUCAUGAACAACAACAGUCAUCAUCGGACGCUUUCGUGUAUAUUGCAGCCACAUUUAGUACAUUGAUCGUUACAUUAAUACGAACAGGUUUUAUUUUCUACAUCAUGUUACGUGGUUCGACCCAUUUUCAUAAUCGAAUGCUCAAGGGUAUCUUGUAUACUUCUUUACGUUUCUUUGAAAGUAAUCCAAGUGGACGAAUAUUAAAUCGACCAAGCAAGAAUCAACAGAUAUUAGAUGAAUCAUUGCCUCUGCGUUUAAUCGAUGCUAUGGAAAAUUUACUUAUGACUUUGGGCUCUAUCAUAAUCAUUGGAAUAACGAAUCCAUGGAUGCUUCUAAUUCUCAUACCUUUGGUUCCCACAGUUUUAUGGCUUCGUCGGUUCUAUAUACGUUCGAGUCGUCAACUCAAACGACUCGAAAGUGUAACAUGGAGUCCAAUCUAUGUAUUGUUCUCAUCUUCAUUAGAUGGACUUACUAAUAUUCGUGCGUUUAACGUUCAAGACAAUUUUUUAAAUCUAUUUAUGGAAAGAAUCAAUGCAAACUCACGAGCUUAUUUCAUUCUCUUAGGUGCUGCACGUUGGUUCGGUGCCGGAAAAUCAUCACGUCUUCAGGCUCUUUUUCGACUGGUUGAUCAAUCUACCAUCAAUGGAACUAUUUUCAUCGAUGAUAUUGAUAUUAGUCGUCUUUCACUUGAUUAUCUUCGUUCUCAUCUAAGUGUUAUUCCACAAGUACCAAUACUCUUUUGUGGUACACUUCGAUACAAUAUUGAUCCAUUCGAACAAUUUUCAGAUGUAGAAUGUUUUCGAGCACUGGAAGCUGUUCAACUCAAACAAUUAGUGUGUAAUCGUCCCGAUGGACUAAAUCUAUUAGUGACAAAAUCGGGAAAUAAUUUGAGUGUUGGCCAACGCCAAUUAGUUUGUGUAGCUCGAGCCAUUCUGAAGAAGAGCCAUAUAUUACUUAUUGAUGAAGCUACAGCAAAUGUUGAUCAUACGACUGAUCAGAUGAUUCAAGAAGUUAUUGCUGACAAGUUUGGUGAUCGUACCAUGUUGACAAUCGCACAUCGAUUGAAUACAGUAGCCAAUAGUGAUCGUUUGCUUAUAUUAGAACAAGGAGAAAUAGUCUAUUUCGAUGUUCCUAAUAAUAUUGAUUUAACUUAA